AUGGCAGAGACGUCAGACCCAGUCCAAAAGGGAGCCGAAGUCCUGGAGGACGAAAUUCAACAAACCACAGCGACUGACGGGAUGCAAGCUCCCUUUGACGAUGUCAAAGAUGACGAUGGGAAAGAUUCAUCUCAUGAAUUAGACACGACUGACUCUUUCGACAAGUUUCGCAAGUCGGCCCAGAUAUUCCUAAACAUCCAUCGCGCCGAAAUCGCAGAGCGAGAUGCGGAAAUUGUCAGGCUCAAGGCUGAACUGGGCCGUGUUCGUGAGGGACUGAAGGCACUGAAGGAGAGACAAAACGUUGCGGUCAGGGACGACAUGCCUGGUGACUCGACUGUACCAACCGAAAGUGCUGGAAGCAAAGAAGUUGCAGAUGUCAACCGCGCUGGUCAUGAUCUGGGAACAAGGCUGGACAAGUUCAUGGUCGACCUCGGCGAAGAUGAAGCAAGUGAUGCAUAUCAAAAGAUCCAAGGCAUAUGGGAAUCUUGCUUUCAAGUUGUGAAGCAUGCCAUGGAGCGAGACAUGAGCGACGAGAUCCUUGCCGAGUGGAAUGUGUACUGGCCAGACUUUGAAGAAAGAAUACCGAACAUCAGCGCAGUAACAUUCGAAGCCUCGAACAGCUCUACGGCGAAACGAACACGCAGCAUGUUCGUUAUGGCUCUCCUAGCCAAGUCCUUGGAAGAGUACAUUUUUAGUCCUACCUACCUCCUCGAGGAUGACGAUGACUUACGGGACAUGCUGGCUAAGAUGAGUGACACGGAUAAGAAAACUUGCUUGAGAAGAAUGCUCCUCUCCAUCUCCGACGAUGAUGGUCGUAGAGAAGCAGUCAAAACGACACGAGUGGAGCGAGCUGUUGAAGAGACGACCCGGCCCGUCCGAAGCCUGCUCCCUCCUGAGAUACUUGACCAGCUCAAAUCAGACCUCGCACAGGUGAUCGGAAAAGCAGCAACAGCCUGGGAGCCCUUACAAAGGUGCCAGAGUCACUACGAGGUCAACACCACUGCCACCCGCGCAAGAUGGACGUGGAAUGCCGUAGAGUUUGUGGGAAACGGUGAAGACACGGCACUCGUGACAGUCGAUUCAAGCGCAUUCGACUCCGAUGAGGUGCUGAUGGUGUUGUUUCCACGCGUUUGCGCCAUCGACAGAUCCAAGAAACCUUCCUUCACCCCGGUUUUCCCUGGCAUCGUACUCCAGAAGUCACAACUACAACGGUGGCAUACGACGAACGACUCACCUGUUGAACCAGACACCACCACCGUUGUCCCUGGCACGAGUCCUGAGGCAGUUGAACCAGUUACAAACGUAGCCCCCACUACGGUGGACAAUCCCGAAAUAGAAGUGGUCACGGCUGCUGCAGAAGAGCAUAAGCAUGAGAAGCAGCCUGGAGACGAUACGGCUACAGGAGAGAGCGAUGCUGAGUCAGAGUCAGGGGAUGGUGCAGACACCGGCUCGGAAACAGAAGAUGAUACAGACAGCGGCACCGAGACUGAAGAUGAUCAAGAACAGUCCCAGACCGAGGAGGAAGAUGACCACGAUCAGAGCAAGGCUGAGACGAAGGAGGAAGGCGAGAAGGGCAAAGACGACCAUGACCACGACCAGAGCAAGGCUGAGACGCAGGGGAAAGGCGAGAAGGGUGACGAUGACAUCAAGAUCGACGGGCUGAGCGUAGGAACUGGAGGUGUAUAA